AUGUCAUCGACAUCAAUAUAUGAAACAUUAUUAACACGUUCAAUAAAAUUUUGGAUUUUAUUGAUUCUUCAAACACCAUCUAUUCUCUGUGCUAUUUUUGUCUUACAUCAUAUGUUCGUAUCACGAACACAACGUCAUUUGUUAGCUAAUCAUGUUGUUAUUGUAAUGCUUAUUGUUAGCCUUCUCAGUGUUAUAAUUGAUCUUUCAAUUACAUUAAACUAUUUACAAGACGGUAUUGUUCAUCUAUCAUCAUCAUCUUUUUGUUACUUUUGGAUGUAUAUUGAUUAUGUAUUAUAUGCAAAUGGAAUGCUUCUUAUGACAUGGGCAUCUAUUGAACGUCAUAUACUUGUUUUUGCUUCACAAUUUUUUCGUUUACCACGUCAAAAAUUCUAUGGUCAUUAUGUUCCUAUUAUAAUUUGUUUAAUUUAUCCAUUUAUUUUCUAUAUGUAUACAAUAUUUUUUUACCCCUGUGAUCAAAUAUUUGAUUAUCGACAAAUUCUUUGUGGUUCACCAUGUUUUAAACGUACGACAUUUCUUCUGAAUGCUUAUGAUAUGUUUAUACAUAGUGUAUUACCAUGUAUUAUAAUUGUUGCAUUUAGUUUAGCCUUAUUACUUCGAGUUAUUCGACAUAAACGUCAUAUACAAGGACAAACUUUUUCUCGACGAAAACAACAUCGAAUGGUUGUACAAUUACUUUCAAUAGCUUGUCUAUAUGUUAUUAUGAAUGCUCCACCAUUUAUUGUUAUUGGUGUUCAAGUUUUAUAUUCUAAAACAUUUGCUGCAACAGAACGUGCUUUAUAUUUGUUUUAUUUGUAUUAUUUUUUGACAUUAUUUUUGCCAUUUGUGUGUCUUGGAUCAGUUCGUCAUUUACGUAAAAAAAUUGAUUUUCUUUUACGAACACUGAAAUGUCAUUGUUUAGUUAGAUCAUCACGUGUUGAUGUUAUUCAUGGUCAAGGUGACGGAACAACUGCAUUUGGAAUGACUAUUAUGCCAACUAUAAAUACUUCAUAG